AUGUUGUCCACCGCUCGAUCUAAAGGCCUAAGUCAGGUCCUCACAUCCACUCCCUCCGUAUCAAUCCCUUCAUUUCUCCUCCCCGCAUUCCCAAUCGCCUCGCGAUCCUUUUCCGCAUCAACAUGUCGAAACUCUCACAUUGGAAGCGCAGUAUUAUCUAUUCCUCCAGAAGUAACCUUUAAAGUUAUACCACCGCCUCCGCCGGCGAGAGGCUCUGCGGUCGCCGGAAGACCGCUUGUCAAAAUUGAGGGGCCAUUGGGAAAAAUGUCCAUGUCAAUCGAGCCAUUUAUUAAAAUCGAACAUGAUGAGAAUACACGGAAAGCGAUUGUCAGAGUGGAGGAUAGAGAAGUUAAAAACCAAAGAGCGAUGUGGGGAACCACCCGCGCCUACCUCCAAAAUCAUAUACUCGGUGUCUCUGAAGGCCACAAUGCUAUUCUCCGCCUUGUUGGUGUUGGAUACCGUGCCACGGUCGAGCCCGCCUCUAAUGUUACCACCAAAACUCCCGAAUUCGAAGGGCAAAAAUUUGUCGUCCUGAAAGUAGGAUAUUCUCAUCCCAUCGAAUUACCCGUUCCAAGAUUCGUGAAAGCGAGUACACCACAGCCUACACGUAUAUUGCUAGAAGGACCAGAGAAGGAAGUUGUAUUGCUCUUUGCGGCGCAAAUCAGAAAGUGGAGAGUUCCAGAACCAUAUAAAGGAAAGGGCAUCUUUGUUAAUGGGGAAGAGAUCAAGUUGAAGAAUAAGAAGAUCAAGUAG